AGAGGUGAGUUCAAAACACUUUUGCGCAAUUUCCUCCUUGUGGUUUGUCUAACAAAAGUUGAACGCAAGAUGGAACAUUAAGUCAAUGAAACGAGUUCGAAACGUACACGGAAACAAACUUUUAGUUUCCGAUUCGGUUUAGGUAACUAACUAGCUUGGUGCGUUUGGGUUAGACUUAAUCCCCUAUAUAAGUUUAUCUAAAGCUACGUAGAUUUUUUAUCAUCACUUUUCUUCGACACUCUCCUUUAAUUAAUUAUUACUAUCUCUUUCUUCUAAUUCGUUCCAUCAAACACAUUCCCAUCCACCUGCGCGCGGCGACCGGAGAAUCAUCGGAUACCGACAAAAGAGAGAUGAAGAUUUCAGUGAAGACGUUGAAAGGGGACCGCUUCGAGAUUGAAGCGAGCCCGAACGACACCGUUGCUGAUGUGAAGAAACUCAUAGAAACAAGUCAGGGUUCAGAUAAAUUCCCGGCUGCCAAUCUGUUGCUUGUUCAACAGAUAACAGGAAAAUUUCUCGCCGACGAAACUACCCUGGAAGAUAACAACGCUGCAGAAUACCCUUGUUUCACCGUUUUGACGACCAUGAAUAGACCCGUUCCUGCAAUCACCGGUGGGACUAGUUCGGCGGUGCCGGAAACUCUUUCCCUCCAGAUUCAAGCUUUGUGGGCCAUCUUACGUACAAGACGAUCCUCAAAUCCUGCCGUCGAUUCUCAUGGAUCACGAAACAACAUGCCCGGAGUUGAUGCGGUCGGUUCGCCGGAAGCAUCACGGCGGCUUACCAGGCCUAACGAAUAAAGCCAAGGCCAAGGCGUAGUUGACGAGAUGAUGGGACAACAAGGGAUUUCUUCUUUCUUUUCUUUUUUCUUUUUUAUUUUUUAUUUUUCUAUGUGCUGAGUGAUUUUUUCUUAUUAUAUGCCAUUGUUAUUAUAUUCGGUUUUUAAUAAUUUGUAGUUAACAUGAACUUCUGUUUUGAUUUGGCAAACUUACAAAUUGAAUUACUCCAUUCGUGCCAAAAUAACUGGCUAAUUUGUAAGCUUUUAAUAAUUAAUAUGAGGUUUCUACUUCAAUCACCAUUAAAAAAAAUAUACCAGAACACCAUCUGAGCACCACGCAUGUACGUCAUAUAUGAAAGGAAGCCAGUGUAUUCUAAUUAACUAUGCAACAGAAUAUUGAACUUUAUAUCUUCAUGGACCGCAUUUGUUUUUCAACAC